GGAGGAGACCCGCACGGCUAGGGCAGCGCGCAGGGGGAGGGGAGCGGGCCGGAGGCGGGCGAGGGGGGCCGCGAUCCCGCGCGCCGCGAACAUGGCCUCCUUCCCCGCGGGCCCCGCCGAGCCCCCCGGCCGGGGAGGGCGGCGCGCCCCCGCCGCCGGAGGAGAGCAGAGGCAGGAGCAGGAGGACGAGGGCGCAGCCGAGGAGGCGCGCCAACUUCUGCCAACUUCGGCGCCCGCCCCGCCGCCGCAGGCUCCUCCCGGCCGAGAGCCAGAGGACGGCGGCGGAGGAGCAGCAGCAGGAGGAGGAGGAGGAUCGGGUUUGGAGACGGCUGCUGCUGCGUCCUCUCCAAGCGCGGGGCUGGCCGCCGCCGCGCCCGAUCCUCCGCGCUCGCCGCGCUUCUCGGCGGAGCAGGUCUCGUGCGUGUGCGAGGCGCUGCUGCAGGCGGGCGACCCCGGCCGGCUGGGCCGCUUCCUGGGCUCGCUGCCGCCCGACGCCGAGGCGCCGUGCCUGGAGGCGCAGGCGGGCGAGAGCCUGGCCAAGGCGCGCGCGCUGCUGGCCUUCCAGCGCGGCGACUUCGCCGAGCUGUACCGCCUGGUGCAGAGCCGGCCCUUCGGCGCGCCGCACCACCCGUUCCUGCAGGAUCUGUACCUGCGCGCCCGCUACCGGGAGGCCGAAGCUGCCCGGGGCCGGGCCCUGGGCGCCGUCGACAAGUACCGGCUGCGCAAAAAGUUCCCGCUGCCCAGCACCAUCUGGGACGGCGAGGAGACGGUGUACUGCUUCAAGCGGCGCUCGCGGGCAGCCCUGCGCGACUCGUACGGGCGCAGCCGCUACCCGAGCCCCGAGCAGAAGAGGCGCCUGGCCCAGGACACCGGCCUGUCGCUCACGCAGGUCAGCAACUGGUUCAAGAACCGACGGCAGCGCGAUCGCAGCGGAGGAGGAGGAGCCGGAGGAGGAGGCGCCGGCACGCCCAGCAAGAGCGAGUCUGACGGGAACCCCAGCACGGAGGACGAGUCCAGCCACGGCACCGAAGAAACCGAAACGUCCAUGGGGAUUUCCGCGACCUCCGAAGGGAUGCCCACCCCCAACAGCCUGUUCCUGCCAGCCGCUUGCUCCAGCGCCUCUUCCAUCCUCCUCAACGGCAACUUUAUCACCGCUAGCUCCCCGACCAUGCUGCUGAAUGGCGGCUCCGUCAUCCAGACUCCUGGCGGAGGUGUCAUCCUGAACGGCUUGGCUCUCGGCGACAACCAGACCAUCACCCUCAGCCCCGUGGCAGCGCCCAGCCCGCCCAUCCUCAACGGAUCCAGCCCCCUGCUGGGUGGCAAGCCCCCAGGCCCACCUGGCGGUCAGGAGGCCAACAAGGCUCUCCAGGAGCCCCUCGCCCCGGCCACCGUCAUUCUCAGCCCGGCUGCCACGCUUCAGGGGGAAGUGAAGACGGAGGCAGCAGAGGCCCUGGCGUUUGGUGUCGAGGUCAAGCUGGAAGAGGGGCAGGGGUCCGCCCCACCCCUGUUGCCCGUCCCUGACGCCGCCACGCUCCUCUCCAACCAUAAGGGGCCACUGCUGGCGGCUGUUGCCAUGCCGCAAGUGGUCCCAUCAAAUGACGAGACCCCCACGGCUGCGCAGCAGCUGCCCCCAGCGCCUCAGCCAUCAGCCACAUCUAGUCCUCAGAUGGUUCCUCUGGCCAAGUUGGCACCCGGUGCCCAAGCCCUGCCAGCUCCCCAGGUGACUGCAGCCACGGUCGGUGGGCAGGUGGCCCAGUCUUCCCAGGCUACCACAGCCACGGCGCUGCUUUCCAUGCCAGGCCCCUCGCCGCCCCAGGCCGCUGUUCUCCAUGUCCCUGCCCCAUCCCUGGUCCCCAUCACUCAAGUCUCGCCCCCUUCCCAGGUGGUGCCGCUCUCCCAGCCCGUCUCUGGGACCCAGGUGCUCUCCCCGUCCCAAAUGGUGCCCGUGUCCCCGACGCAGAUCUACGCCGUCCCCCAGGGGGCUUCUGCCCCCCAGCUCGUCUCGCUCCCCCAAGUGGUCCAGGGCUCCCAGAUUAUCUCCCUGCCCCAAGUUGUGCCCACUUCCCAGGUGGUCACCUUGCAGCAGGGCAUGGGCAGCCCCAUCCAAAUCCUGACCACCAGCGGCGCCCCCAUCAAAGUGGGGGCCAUGGCAGGGGCGCCGCAGGUGGCCGUGUCGGCGGGAGGAAGCCUUGGCCAGAGCAACGUGCACCUCAUCAACGCCAACGUGGGCAUGACCACGCUGCAGAUCCCGGGCACCGCACCAGGCAACAUCCUCCUGACCAACCCGGCAACAGGGAGCAGCACCAUCGUCACCGGAAUGGCUCUGCAACAGGGGAAACUGAUCCUGACGGCCACCUUCCCGGCUGGCAUGCUGAUGACGCCCAUCCUCUCAGCCCAGGCCACCCCAACUCUGGCCCUGCCCAUCAAGCAGGAAGUGGCGACCAUGAUGGCGCCGUCAACUCUGGGGAGCGGUGAAGGCGGCAGCGUGUUGCUCUCGGGGGGUGCUUCCGUGCUCCCUCCUGGCGUCUCCCCGCUCUUGGCGCCCGACAGCACCGGGCCGGCCGACUUGGCUUUCGGCACGGACUCCGGCCACCUUUCAAACUUCUCCCAGCCAGACGGCCUGGCCAUGUCUCAGCAGCAGGUGGUUUGGCCCAGCCCGGUGGGCAUGGACCUCCAAGGGACUGGCGCCGAGGGGCUGUUUGAGAUGGACAAGAACUCUAUGGAGGUGCAGGGCGGCCUUCUGCGUCUCCCGGAGGGAGAGGGCCUCUUGCUGGACGCCUCUGGGGGAGACCCGAUGGGCCCCGAGGCUCUGGACUCGGACGAGAAGGUGCUAACCCAGCUGCAGUCUGUGCCGGUGGAGGAGCCUCUGGACUUGUAAGCGCCCGCGACGUGUGUCGCAGAGUCCUUGCCUGCCCGCCGAACGAUAUUUUAAACCUGCUAUCCUUGGUUCCCACCUGGUCCAGACAGGAUGCUACAAGUGCCUUGAAAAGGGAAACCUGGGUGAGCCCCUGCAGUCUGUGCUGCUGCUGCACAUCUUUUUUUUUUUUUGGAAACACUACAGAAGGAAAAAACACAGCACUGGGACACUGCUGACCCCUUUAUCCGGUGUGUACAAUUGCCUGUUCAACAACCCCAGUGCCACCUUGUGGCUGCCAGUCAAACAGCAAGCACUAUCUUCCCCCUGGAGGUGUUGCCCAUUCACCUUGUUUCUUUCCUCCCUCCCCAGCCCUUCUAAAACUCAGGCACAGAGUUGAGGGCGCUUUCUACCUUCAUGGCCUUCCUGCCUUUUUUUAGAAACCUACCUAACAUCUACCAAGUUGCUUGGAAAGCUAGGGAUUUUCGUUGAUACUGGGGCAGGGAGCACAUCAUAUAGACCAGGCACCCCCAAACUUGGCCCUCCAGCUGUUUUGGGACUACAGUCCCCAUCAUCGCUGACCGCUGGUCCUGUUAGCUAGGGAUGAUGGGAGUUGUAGUCCCAAAACAGCUGGAGGGUCGCGUUUGGGGGUGCCUGAUAUAGACUGCCCUUUGUCCACCUGGCAUCCCUGAGAGGGGGCUGAUGGGAGUUGUAGUCCAAAACAGGUCAGCUGACUUACACCACAAGGAGAGCCUUCCUCUCCCCUCAUCUAUGGUGCUAGGGAACGGGUCCAGCUGCUAGUCUGAGCCUAAGUCCCAUUUCGGAGGGGCAGGAAGGACACCCAAGGUCCCAGUGCUUGUCUCCUGUUCCAGUUAGGUGUCUACUUUUUCCCAGGGUAGGGUUGGGGUGGUGAGGCUAUUGUCAUUCGAGCUUGGCUUCUCGCUGGCUUUUAGUCUUGCAGUGCUGUCCUAGAGAGGUGAACUGUCCUGUUCCAAAGUCAAACGCUUUGGCGCUAGAAAACAAUGCAGACAUUGUUCCAGUCCUCCAGGGCAGAGAGAAGCCUGGCUAGAAUGUCUCCCCUGGACCCAUCUUUUGUCUAUGGAAUAGCUUUCCGGCGUUUUAACCCUGGGCUGAUCUCCGCUGCUCUGGGCGGGAACAGCGUAAGAAGCACAUUUGUUAAUUGUGGGAUCGGAUCCUGCAGCAGUUAGUCCUGCCAUUAAAGGCACAUGGGAGCAGGUGUCAGGUGUGGCUAUACAGUCUCUUAAGCCACUCUAAAAAUUAGCUUUAGCUGCACCUUGAGAUCCCCUGUGUUGGGGGGUUGGGAGCAGAAGCUACACAUUAAUCUGGGACGCUCAAGGUUGGGGGUCAAUCCAGCUUGAAAGAUAGAAAUGUCAUGCAAUCGGGCCAGACCGAGCAUUAUCCCCUUAAAAUACCAUUUGCUUUGAAAACUCGAGUUUCCUCCCAAACUUUCCCUGGGGCUGUUUCCUCUGAAUGCUAAAAUCAGCAAGUGGUCUGCCUUUUUUAUUUUUAGACAGAGAAGAAAUUAUAUAUAGAUAUAUUUAAUAAUGUAUUUUUUAGAAGAAAAGUCAUUUAAAAAUCAAU